AUGCCACUCAGCAAGGUCGCUCAAGGACAUGUGUUACAAAUGCGGGAGAUAAGAGCACUAUUCACGCGAAUGCUGGGAGGAACGCGAACCAUGAUGGACGGAGAAGUUGUCGGUGUCAGGCAACCUGCCUCCGGAAUUGUUCAUUCAGUACUACGAGGUACUAUCAGCUUCGCGUGGCAGACGACAUUCGCACAGGUAAGAAUCUGUGGUGGCUGGAAGUUGAACGAUCAAAAAAAGAGAACGAGCAACGCGAGGCACGAAGUUGCGUUCAGCAGAAAACCAGGCGGCCCACUUUCUGCAAGAAACUUUAUUACGCGCAGAAUCACAAAAUUCCUCCAAGAAGUCAACCUGCGGCGUCGCCAACUUACGGCGCAUUCAUUCAGCGGAGCAGCCAUACGAGAGGAAUUCCUCGAAUGUCAUGCGGUCAGAAAGAUGGAGGACUGCAGAAGUCUUUGCCAGUAA